GUUCAUACACCUCCGGGACUCGGUGCACCAAACCCGAAUCCCCCAAAAUGUUUCACUGAGUCGACUCGGCUUCCUCAUAUCCCAACUUCAUGUUUAUUGGUUUGGAUUGCAAAGUCCCACAAGAUUACGAUGGCGCCAUCACGUAACAUCAUUGUAGCCACUGGUCUGGUUGUUUUCGCGUCUGCAGGGUUAGCGUUCCCAUUUUACAUGGCAUCAUCGAAAAAACCAGUGAUUGAUUCAACAAAACCAUUACCUCCUCAAGCAACUUUUAGAGGACCUUACAUAAACACAGGCUCACGCGAUGUUGGACCUGAUCAUCGAACUUAUCCAAAGAAAUGAUCCCAUCAAUGAAAGCAGGAGUUUUCAAUGUGAGGCAGGUAUACACACAUUCACAUAUCUUAUUCCCAGACAAACGAUAUCGUUUUUGACGUUUGUGCUCUAGCUCCAUGUAAUUUCGCUAUGCUUUAUGUAACCAUUGAAGAAACAGAUUUCAUAAGCAACUUAAGAAAUUGAUUUUGUAUUGUCGAAAAUUCUAAGUGAUGUAUCAAGAAUCACUAAACUUCAUUAUAAUUUUCUUAGAAUUCUUGUAUC